AUGACGCAAGAGGGCAGUCCGGUCGAGCCGAGCCGUACAUGCGCUCACAGAACGGCACUCUGGCGCCAUCUCGAGCUCGACCUGCCAAAUUUGGAGGAGCUCAGCAAGACCAGAGAGUCCCCGGACUGGGAAGAGGUAGAGAUCGCUCUUUUGGAGAGCGAAGCGCAUAUUUCGAGCAAGCGAUAUGCCAUGAAGGGCACCCCUACUGCGAUGAGACGUCCAGCGUCGAAAGCGUGGCACGGUAGCGCACGAAACUCUCCUGACGAUCGAUACUUUGCGCCUACCCCUAGAAUUGCAACGGAUCGCCGUGUGAACCACGCUUGGCCCGCUACGAGUCGGUCUGCUCGAGCUUGGGCAGAGUAUCUGGCCAAGAAGAAAUCCAUGCCAAAUGGAGGCGGAAGCCGCAAGCGGGAGCGGGAGCGGGUGAACAAUGAUCAGCUGAUGGCCAGAAGGAACAUUGCGCUGUGA